AUGCGUCCUCGUACAAGUGAAACCAAAAUUUCUUCCCAGUCCUCCCCUAACUUCUCAAAACCAGUACUGAUAACAUGUUUGUAUGAUAUUAUAUCACUGCAGAUGUCUAACAACAUUGGAAACAACGAUUCAAUGGCCCAAGGAGCAGAAAAUGGCAGUGGCGUGCGCGGUCGUCGCCGCCGCCGCCCUACGAAUGAUACACAACCUAUCCUGUCGAGACGGGCGAAAAGAGCGAUCCCGGAAUGGAUGCAUGAGAGUGUAAGGCUAGUAAAUUAUUCUCAAAAUCAACCUACGAAUCAUCCGAUAACUUACCAAAUAACCCUACAUCAUUAUGAUAGAGAAGAGACGACCAUGGGCUCGAGGAAUGUGGAAGGUGUCGAAGAUAUUAAUUGGGUCGAACGAUUGGAAACAAUUAUUGAAGAAUGA